AUGUUGGGUAUACACCCCAAAAAACUGGCUUCCCUCAGGACACCAAUUUCCAUGUGGUAAAAGCAAGUUAAUCUGCUAGUAAAUCUAUCCAAUUCCUUAGGAAAACAUCACAACCAUUUUGUAGCAUUGUUGACAUUCCUGCUCAUCUGAGAUAUUUUCAGCUAGGAACUAACUGCCUGUUGCUUCACAUUGUUGCUCUUUGUCUGUUUAAUUAGUCAAAUGUGUUUUUUAUGAAAACCUCAACUCCAUUUUCAUUCCCAUGGAUGUUGUGCAACUGGAAGCAUGACUAUGCACUUACUUGCUCCAUAUAGGAAUUCCACAAGGAGAUACAAGGACGUGUUUAGCAAAGAAAAGAGGUCACUUCUCAUAAACAGUUGACAAAUAUGGGAAAGGUUGUUAUUGUCUGAGUCAAUGCAAUGUUUUCCACUAUGUCCUCAUUCUCUCGUGUGACCAGCUGCUUAUUUAUUCGUUCUGUGGUGACUUGCCUAUUCAGGCAUGGGAGGUGUAGCUCAACCAACAAGUCUGAACAAUUUACAACUGAGUACUUGUUGUCCUAUGGACAGUAUGCUGCCUGCUUUCUAGGGAGAAUUACUUCCAGAGACUGAAGUGCAGUCCUUCAGUUUCACCAAGUCUACACACGGAUUAGGAGCUUGCUUCGCUUCCCUUAAAUAGACUCACUUGUUUUGUAAAGUGAGGAACUAUUUUGGAGUUGAGUACUUUAGAGGACUGUUUUUACUUCUUGUUAAGGAUUCUGACAAGAUCUGACUGACUUUUUCUGACUGUGAAGGGGACAGCUUUCAAUGAUGAAAACAAUGGAGAACGGCCAUCCAAGUGAUAACUGCACAGCAGAGAAUCUGCCACUGUACAAAUUUUACGCCUCUGUGAUGAUCAUGGAAUUCACCCUGGGUCUGCCGCUCAACCUCUCAGUGCUUUAUCUAUUCAUCUUCAAGCUGAAGUUCUGGAAAUCUAAAACCAACAACAUUUUCCUGUUCAAUCUCGUCUUGGCUGAUGUUCUUCUGCUUAUAUGUUUGCCAGUAAAGGCAUAUCAUUUUCUUAAUGGGAAUCGGCGGAGUACAGAGGGAGGGACCUGCAAAGCCAUGCUCUUCAUGCUGUUUCUGAACCGAGGUGCCAGUAUCGCCUUCCUGACUGUGAUUUCAGUUGAUCGCUAUUUCAAUGUGGUUCAUCCUGGGAAAAAGAACUUUGCCAAGGCUUUUAAAAGGUCUCCUCAUAUCUCUAUCCUCAUCUGGCUACUGCUGCUCCCCCUGACUAUCCCCACCAUGCUGAAGUCCUUUGAGUGCUGUAAUAGUUAUGGGCGUGAAGAUGACACUCUAGUCGAGGACGUCACUGACACUCUGAGAGAGGUUGUGUUUUUCACCCAGAUUCUCAUCCCUUUCUUUGUGUUGGUCUACUGCACGGUCCGCAUUGUUAACAGACUAAAAAAGAAGACCGUAGGGGAUAGUACCAAGCUGCGUCGAGCAGUGUUUCUGGUCACCUCAGUAAUGCUGGUCUUUUCUUUAUUUUUCUUGCCUUGUACCAUAGCUAGAAUGGUUCUGUUGAUUUUCAGAAUCAAGGAUCUACAGGAUGCUGAGAAUAUAGCUGUUCAGCUCUAUGACGGACUCAUGGUUUUGUCCUACAUGGAUUGUUUAGUGGACCCAAUUGUGUACUGCUUAAGCAGCACUAAGUUCAAAAGCCUCUACCUGACAACGUAUUGCCCCAGUCUACUGAACAAAGAUGCAGAAUCAGCUGAAAGCCCUAACUUGACAGGAAACAACUUAAAUAAAAAAUGCAAUAACAAUGCACUGUACACUGUAAAGGGGUUGCCCUGAAUUUGACAGUAACUUACAGGAAGCUCAGUGGAAAGUCAAAUUCUGUAUUUCAUAAUACAGUUAACCUAAUGUAAUAUAAAUGUGGUAUCAAAGCAAGUACUGUGUUAUGACACACAGUACGAUACUGUAAAAUUGACUGUAUUCUACUGUGAAAAAGUAAAUGCUACCGUAAUCAGAAUUAAUUCAUGAAAUUCAAUGAGGGGAUGGGUUUGUAUUUCACAGGAUUGUACUGUAUUUACAAGGGAUUGGUGCAAGCAGGUUGGCUGCUAGUCAAAAAUUGUUUACACAUAUUUGGUGCUUUAUAUCACUUACACUUAACAAAGGCUUCCAAACUGGCAGUGACUACAGGACAAAACAGACCAAAAGGACAUGGCAAAAUGCCUGCUGCCACUCCAAUCUGUUUUAAAUGUGAAGGGGCAACAUAACCACAUAGGAGUUAAAUUGAUAGAGCGUUCUCAAUCACGGGUGCAACAAAUAUAGCCUCUUACAAGGCAGCCUCAAAACAUGUUUUUCUUAAUUAAAUGUUUUUAUUUAACAACAAUAACAUGCACAAACUAGUGGUAAAAAGGUUUUUGGCACUCCAAAGAUAUGAUAUGGUACUGUGUUCUGUGGGGUGGAAUUACAGUACCAUUUGAAAUACAGCAAUUCUUUCCCUGCCCAGAACACUUUCCAACAAUGCACCAUAAUUUACAGUAUGCUGCAGUAAUACCCGGACCCAGUUUUCCUUGCAUGAAAAUUAAGCCGUGAUUAGGACUGCCUAUUUGUUCUCAUGAUGAGACAUUCAUGUUGGUUUGCCAAGCCAGACUGUGAUUCACUACUUGUUUCUGUUAUCAUCAGUCAUCUGGUUUCUUUCACCUGUCAUCCUUCAUGUUAAAAAGCUCAUAAUGACUCUGUUGUUACUAAUUGUCUGGGUCAAAUAAAUAUUACUCUUAUGAUCCAUAAAAAGUGUGUUGCUGUUGUUGUUAUUAGUUCUACUACCACUACUGCCCACAGUCCUUGGGAGCGGGCCGUGUCAGUGG